GAAAAGUCGGGAUUGAUUACGCUCAUCGGCAUUACAUACCUGAGUAUCACUUGUCCAUUGGUAAUUUGUAGUCAACAAGGAAAAAUGACGCUGGUCGUCGCUGUCCUUCUCGCCGCGCUGCUGGUCGCCAGCGCGCAGGCUCAGGGCGCUCUGAAGUGCCAGGCCACCCUGAAGGGCUGGGCUUACCUGCCUGCCGCUGCCAAGGUCAAGGUGCCUUCGGACGCGCCUAGCUACUUUCGUGUCACCGGCCGCUUCGCUGGCCCCGGCAACCGCCGCAAUGACACCAUCGGCGCCCUCACCAACUGCGCCGGCGCCAACCCCACUCGCUGCACGGAGUACAAGCUGCCCUUCAAUGACCAGGCGGUCCAGGGCUUCAGCGGCAUCAAGACCAUCCGUGAUGCCGCCGGCAAGCCCACCGACCAGUUCUGGGUGAUCUCCGACAACGGUCUGGGCAGCCGCCGCACCUCGCCCGACUCGAUGCUGUUCUUCCACAAGAUGAAGGUGGACUGGGCCGCACACAAGUUCGUGCGCGAGGACUCCUCCUUCCUGCACGACAAGGACCGCAAGGUGCCGUUCGUGCUGCGCAACGAGGAGACCAAGAACCGCUACCUCAGCGGCGCCGACUUUGACGUGGAGUCCAUUCAGCCGGUGGGCGACAGUGUGUGGAUCGGCGACGAGUUCGGCCCCUACCUGAUUGAGGUCUCCGUCAACGGCCGCGUCCGUGGCGUGUGGGACGUGCCCAGCCCCGUGGGCUCGGGCCCGGUCCGCUCCCCCGACAACGACGCCCUGCAGCUGCCCAACCCCGACCAGGCCCUGCCCGCCUACAACCUGCAGCGCAGCCGCGGCUUCGAGGGCAUGGCCGCCUACGGCGACUUCCUGUACCCCAUGCUGGAGGGCCCUCUGUACACCACCGCCGCCAACGGCUCCAAGUCGUACGAGACGCGCAACGGCCAGCAGUACCUGCGCAUCCUCAAGUUCAACAUCAAGACCAAGACCUGGGUCAACAGCACCAUCAACUACGCCCUGGAGAUCAACGGCAACUCCAUCGGUGACUUCAACAUGAUCAACGAGCGCCACGCCCUCAUCCUGGAGCGCGACAACAACGAGGGCGAUGCCGACAUGGCCUGCACCCCCGGCUUCGUCAACGCCACCUGCUGGGAGGCGCCCGCCCGCUUCAAGCGCGCCUACCUGACCGACCUGGGCGAUGUGGACGCCGCCGGCUUCGCCAAGAAGGUGGCCUACAUCGACCUGCUGGACAUCAAGGACCCCGCCGGCGUGUCGCCCGCCUCCCGCAACGGCGUGUUCAAGUUCCCCUUCCAGACCAUUGAGGACAUCGACGUGUACGACGCCAGCCAGCAGACCAUCGUGGUCGGCAACGACAACAACUUCCCGUUCUCCAUGGGCCGCACCCUGGGCAAGGCCGACAACAACGAGGUUAUCUCGCUGGAGGUGCCGGGCUUCUUCACCGGAGGCCAGGGCUGCGCGCCCGCCUAAAGCCUUGCUAGAUAGAUUGCAAGGUUGCGGUCACAGGUUGUGUGACGUGGAUACAAGUCAAGAAUAAUGUUUGCGUGGUUAUGAAGGUAUGCUAGCUAUCGGGAUGAAGGCGAUGUUGAUGUUCUGGGAGCUAGCGGGGAGCGGCAGGGCGGCUGAAGGUGCUUGGGUCAGUCGGUCGGGGCCGGGUUUGCAAGGUUGCCUCGACGGCGCACGAUCCGGUCUUGUGAUGUUCGGGUGGUAUCAACGGCAGGUGUGGAAGCCUGGUCAUGCACAUGUCAUAUGACGUACAUACACGCACGGUUGCCGAGGCGUACACAGCAGGCGGCCGCGAUUUUGGGUUUUUACUCGGGCAGCCUCGCGAAUGAGGGCCAUGGAACCAGCGGACAACAGCGCGCAAGCCUGUGAUUGUGGCACGGCUUUUUGAUGGAGAGCGAGCCCGGGAACCGUGAGCAAACUGCGAAUGAUCACAACUACACGCCGGAAUUUAGUUGGGCUGCACGGCUGGGAGUCGUUGUGCCACGCCACUCCGCUGCCGCUACCUUCUGGGUUUGGGCCUCUGUCGUGUGUCGCAGCAUGAGAAGUGCCAUUGUGCGUGCCCCACGUGCGUGGCCGUACUGCCUGCAUUGUGGCUGGGGCAGAAGGCGGUAGGUAGGCUGCGGGGCGGGGCGGGAUGGUGUGCGCGCUCGGCUCUGGGUGAGGUCGCCGGCAGAUUGGAGCGGUUUUGACUCGGGACCUGAGCGGAGUCAAACAUGGGAGAGCGAGUUCCAGCAUGCCUUCCGUCUGUUCGGGUUUCUUGCUCACGGCGCCUCGAAUUUGCUCAUUGAUUUCGGGUGUUGUGGACUUGCGGCAGUCUAUUUUGUGUGUGUGCUUGGGAAAAGCGCCGAGCUCCAGCCGCCGCGCCGGUCUGGAUUUUGCUGAGGUCUUGCCGACAUGUAUGCUCUGCUGGUCCAGGGUAAACGUAGUUGAACAAGAAGGCACUGACCAAGGCAGGUAGUUUUUCGUUGUAACACGCAGAUGAAGAUGAAGAGAAA